AUGCCGGGGCAAAAAUGGAAGACCAACCUCGUCAACGCCUUUCCAAUCCCUGACGACCGCAAACCCAAGAAGGCUCGAGCAGAAGCUGAAGCUCAGCAGGACCAAGAGCAGGAAGACUCCGGCUUCAAGCCGAGGGGCACGUUUGAUCUUCUUGCCCUUCCGACCGAGCUCCGCCACCGAGUCUACAACUUCGUUCUCUUCAACAACCCCGAUCCCAUCGCCGGCAACGGCCCUGACCACGAAAACCUGCCUACCUGCAAAAACCUAUCUCUUCUCCUGCUCAACAAACGAAUCCACUCCGAAGCGACGCACAUCUUGUACAGCACCACCACCUUCCGCCUCUUUCCCCUGCAAGAUUUCCUAUACCUGCCUACGCCCUCCGACCUCGCCCCGCACUACCGCAGCCAAAUUACACGCCUCUCUAUCACCCUCGGCAGCAGCUGGACCGCUCCGCCUGCUGUCUGGAGAGUGACCAAGGGUGUCGCCCGCAGCCUCUCGCGCGUAAAGCUGGUGCGCACGCUGCGUGUCUUUGUGCAGAUGGAUCCCUCUCAGCCCAUGUUUGAGAAAUAUCGUGUGAGCUACAGCUUCUAUACAGACUUCUGUGGCGAGCUGUUGCAGGACGUACUCAAGGCGAUGCCGAAGCUAGAGGCUGUGGAGCUGGCGGGCUAUCCGAGUGUCGCGCCCGACGGGCCACUGGUCAGCCGGCUGCGCGCAGAGGCGGAAGCGAAGGGGAAGGCGGUGAAAUGGGGCAAGGGGUGCGGGUGGCAUCAGAAGAUGGUGGAAGGGGAUGAGACUGAGAUGAUGCGGCAAUUGCGUAUUGACUAA